AUGAAGUCCUUCCGCACCUCCCUCCCCGACCCCCACGACGAUCUCUGGCAGUACUACCCAAACCUUCCUGGUGGCGACGCCACGAUCGUCUCUGUAUCCUGUCGCUCACACAAUCGUGCUCUCCUGUACAUGCCAUCGACCUUGGAAAACUUCAGGCCCGACCAGAAUGACGGCCUCGCCAUCUGGUUCCGGCUCCGCGGCUCUGUCAUCUGGAAGGUUUUGCCUCAGAUUCUGUUUGUGACGUUGUGGGGUGCCCUCUGGACUGCCCUGUACAUCCUCUUGAAGUGGCCCGGCUUGAGCGCCUCCUUGAUCCCGGUUCUCUCUAUCGUUGUGGGUCUUUUGCUGGUCUUCCGCACCAACGCUGCCUAUGACCGUUUCUACGAAGGCCGUCGCCUGUGGGCCCAACUGGGAAGCGUCUGCAAGAACACCGCUCGCAUGAUCUGGUGCAAUUGUCCUGACGAGACCGAUGAGCAAAAGGUCCUCAAGCGUGUCGCCCUCCGUCUCGUCAUUGCCUUCCCCAUCGCCGUCAAGAACCAUCUGCGCAUGGAUCACGACAUCGACCACGACAACCUCUCGAGCUUCCUCCCUCCGCUGCCCGAGUUUAGCCACGGUGCUGCUCGCGAUCGCAAGAACUAUUUGCAGAUCGUCAAGACCGGCAGCGGCCUCAACCUCCUGGGCACGGACGAGUCUCAGAGCGUCCGAACCGGCAGCCGCGCCUCCAUGAUCCAGGGCUCGCCCGAGACCAAGUCGCAGGCGACGUUCCCUCCCAAGAAGGACCUCCACUACUACAACUAUGCCUGCGGCUGCGUUCCGAUUCCCUUGGAGAUCACGGGUCUCCUCUGCGGCUAUGGCAACUUUUGCGGCAAGGGCGACGCCAUCUCGGCCAAUGUCUCUACGAUGAUCGGUAUCCAGAACGAUAUGCAGCGCAUUCUCUCGACGCCGGUGCCCGUGGUUUACAACUUGCACUUGAAACACACCAUCCUGCUCUACCUGCUCACCCUGCCCUUCCAGCUGGUCGCAAGUCUUGGAUGGUACAUGAUUCCCGCCAUGUUCGUCUUUGCCUUCACCCUCCUGGGUAUCGAGGGUAUCGGUGCCGAAAUCGAGAACCCCUUCGGUCUCGACAAGACGGAUCUUCCUCUCGAGCGCUUCUGCAAGUCCAUCCGCGAGGAAAUCGAGACGAUGAUCGAUCGUCCUCCCCCCAAGGCCAAGGAGUGGCUGCCCUUCCUCAAGAAGCACGAGACCCACGCCCAAGACGACGCCUCGCACGGAUACGUCAAGCCCUCGCAUCAGGGCGACAUCAUCGUGGAUGUCCACGACCACGGCGAGCACAGCCACAGCCACGCUUGA